CCAUCCAUGCUGACAUUCACACUCAGGAUCUUGCCUUGAAUAGCAAACCCAACUCAACACCCUUGACACCAUGAGAUACUACGGCAACUACUAUGGAGGCCUGGGCUGCGGCUGUGGAGGCUUCGGUGGCCUGGGCUGCAGCUCUGGCUGGGGAUGUGGCAGCUUCCGCAGACUGGGCUGUGGCUGGGGCUGGGGAGGCCUCAGACAUGGCUCCUGCCGCCCACUGUGCUACGGCGGAUAUGGGUUCUCUAGCUUCUACUGAGACCCUGCCCUGGAAUUCGAACAUCUGAGGCUACAGGUUCAUAACUCAAAUCAACCAACAUUUGAACCAAACAGUAUCAGCUGGGACCAAGCCAAGAUCAACGGAUUUAGCAUCUUAGAGUCUAGGAAUAAUUAUCAUCUUCUCUUUGCCUGCUUCAUGUCUCCAGGUGCCCCCUAUUUUCACUUUUGUAACUGUGGAAUUUCCCUGUUUCCUUUGCAAUAAAUUAUCCUCACUUAAAAUGGAA